UUUUGUUGUUGCUUGCUACGUGAAUUGUGUACUAAUGAAAUACAACUCUGCACGGUAUGUUUUUGGGUUGUCGUAUCUAAUCAGCUGUCUUUUGUUUACCUUUUCAUUUCGCAUUUUACUUUUGCCAUUUUCAUUCUGCUGCUGCGUAAAUUUGUUAAUUUUACAAAGAAAUGCAGCAAGGAGAAAAUAUCCAGCCAAAGGCAAAACGUGUGCGACUUAAUCCGACCAAGAAAUGGACAGUGGCGGAAGAAAAGGCACUAGUAGAAUUUUUGAUGGGCAACAGAAAUUUUGAAAAACCAACAGCGCAAUCAUAUUAUAGACGGUUCGCGGAAGAGGCAAACAUCGCUGUAGAGUGGAAGUUGAUACUUGCGAAGGUGAGAAAUAUGAGGUUGAGCUAUAAUAAAGCCAAAGCAUGGGAAGGUUCGACUGGCGCUGGCAGCAUGGAAGGGGAGACAUUAAAAGCUACUUUGCUAAAAAAGUGCACUUGUUACUAUGAACUAGACGAAGUUUUUGGGGGCAGAAUAGUGGAAGCGGCAAUAAUUGAAGAGAGCUUGGACUCUGCCUCGAGCAAUGAUAUUUUUAAUUCAACGAUAAUUGAAAUAGAAGAAGGCUCCACGUCCGCAACCUAUGGAGUGGUGGAAAGUGCAGAGCCGCCAAGUGCAGAGCCGCCAAGUCGCAGAGGCAUAUAUUCGCGGACAGCUGUGUCGGAUAUAAGAGAAAUUUACUCGGAGACCUUAAAGUUGAAAAGGGAGAAAAUAGAAAAUGAAAGUACAUUAAGGGAGAGAGAAGUAUACAUUAAAGAGAGGGAAUUGGCUCUGAAAGAAAAAGAAAUUGAUUUAAAAGUUAAGGAAUUGGAAAUGAAAGAACGGUUGGCAAUGGAGGAGUUUAGAUUGAAGUAUAAAUAAAUUCGAAGUGAUUUGCCUGCCAUUUAAAAGCAGAGGGAGUAAAAUGUUCAUAAAAUUCUGCUUACCAUUUUUAACUAAACUAAAUACAUACACCAGUGUGCGUACGCUGGUAUCCACUUUUGUUUAACUUAACUAUUUCUAUCUCAAAAGCACAAACAAAUUUGUAUGAAUAUUUCGCUUCUUUUGAUUUGCAUAACACUGCUUAUACGUACAACUUCAAGUACUUUUUUUAUUUACCAGUAUAUUAAUUUGAAUUCAGGCUUUUU